AUGACAUUCUCUAAAUCAUCUUUCCUUGCCCUUGUUCUCGCCGGCACCGCCGCGGCAGCUCCCGUCGUCCGGCUGUUCACUCGACAAGUCCCAGCCACCGCGAGCAGCAUCCAAGUCAUCAACGACACACCUAGCAUUCCCACCACUGCCAAUCUCGUCUUUGGCAGCGGCCCCGUCCUUUCCAGUGUCAAUAUCAGCCCAAUUUACUAUGGCGGAAGUGUUAGCUACCAGAGCCAACUUGACACAUUCUACGGCGCCAUUGCCGGCUCGUCCUAUGUCUCUGGCCUGGCCGAAUAUAGCCCUCAAGGCUCGGCUAUCGGUGCCGGCAGUUUCACCGCUUCCGUCAGCUUGAGUGGCAGUCUCGCCGCCACUUCCGACAAGAGCGACAUCGAGACGUGGCUGCUGAGCCUCGUGAGCACUGGAACCAUCGCACCGACAACCAACAGCUAUUAUCCCAUCCACUUUGCAAGCGGAUAUACGCUCACUACCGGCGGAAAGACAUCUUGCAUUGAUUUCUGCGCCUUUCACGGCUAUGUCGACAUCAGCAGCAUUUCCGGCACCCAAACCCAAUUCUUGUACUACGGAGCCAUUCCGGAUCUCAGUACAAGCGGCUGCGCCACUGGAUGUGGAGCCGAUGCCUUGGAACUGAACAACUUGCAGGCCGUAGCCUCUGCUGAGCUCGCUGACGUCAUUACUGAUCCGACCUUGACUUCUUGGACUGAUGGACAGGGAAAUGAGAUUGGCGAUCUGUGCAAUCACAUUCAGGGUUCUGUAACGGGAACCGACGGAAGUGUCUAUGUUGUUCAGAAGCUAUGGUCCAAUGGUGAGAAUGGAUGUUUCGCCCCAUUGGCGGAUACAACGGCAACAACUACAGCAACCACCACCACCACCACCGAGCCCAUUGCCACCACCACCAUCACCACUACUGCCACCGAGCCUACCACCACCACCACUACUACCACCGAGCCUACCACCACCACCACCACUACCACCACCACCACCGAGCCUACCACCACUACCACCACCACUGAGCCCAUUGCCACUACUACCACUACCACCACCACCACCGAGCCCAUUGCCACCACCACCAUCACCACUACUGCCACCGAGCCUACCACCACCAUCACCACUACUGCCACCGAGCCUACCACCACCACCACCACCACCACCACCACUGAGCCCAUUGCCACUACUACCACUACCACCACCACCACCGAGCCCAUUGCCACCACCACCACCACCACCGAGCCUACCACCACCACCACUACUACCACCACCACCACCACCACCGAGCCUACCACCACUACCACCACCACCACCGAGCCCAUUGCCACCACCACUACUACCACCGAGUCUGCGACCACCAGUACUACUCUUCCCGUUUCCACCACUUCUAUCUCGGUCAACACUACCACCGAAGCUAUUCCCACCACUUCCACCACCGAAGUUGUGUCAUCAGCCUUCACUACAAGUGCGACCGGGGCUCCUUCCAUCGUUCCUUCUUCCACUUUUGCUCCUUCCAUCGUUCCUUCGUCCACCGUCGUUACUUCCUCAGCCAUCGCGUCAUCCACCUCUGCUCCUUCCACCAUUCCUUCCUCCACCAUUCCUUCCUCCACCUUUGUUCCUUCCACCUUUGUUCCUUCCUCGGCCAUCGCUUCGUCCACCUUUAUUCCUUCCACCGUCGUUACUUCCUCGGCCAUCGCUUCGUCAACUACUUCCCAAACCAAUCCCUCUACUACUCUUCCCAUCACUACCGCUUUCCCUACACUUUCCAGUGUCUUCUCUACUCAUACUACCAGUUUCAGUAUCACCCCUUCAUCCACCCAGUCGGUUUUCUCAACUAUCACUUCGCGUAACUCGUCGACCGCCACUCUUUCCAGCUCGAUCGUGAGCAUCUCCCACACUCCCUCCGCCAGUACAUCUCACACUUCCACUGCCACGGUCAAACCCAGCUCCGCUUCCAGCACUCCCCACACUUCAACCGCUAUUACUCACACCUCCGCUUCGGCUUCCACUGUCAAGUCAAGUUCCAGCUCCAGCACUUCGCAUGCUUCUACCGCUAGCAGCAGCUCUCACUCCUCGUCGACUGCCUCUAACACCGCCAAGCCCAGCACCAUCACUAGCGCCAGCAGCUCUCACUCCUCGUCGACUGCCUCCAACACCAUCAAGCCCAGCACCAUCACUAGCGCCAGCAGCUCCCACUCCUCGUCGACUGCCUCCAACACCGCCAAGCCCAGUACCAUCACCAGCGCCAGCAGCUCUCACUCCUCGUCGACUGCCUCUAACACCGCCAAGCCCAGUACCAUCACCAGCGCCAGCACCUCCCACUCCUCGUCGACUGCCUCCAACACCGCCAAGCCCAGUACCAUCACCAGCGCCAGCAGCUCUCACUCCUCGUCGACUGCCUCUAACACCGCCAAGCCCAGUACCAUCACCAGCGCCAGCACCUCCCACUCCUCGUCGACUGCCUCCAACACCGCCAAGCCCAGUACCAUCACCAGCGCCAGCACCUCCCACUCCUCGUCGACUGCCUCCAACACCGCCAAGCCCAGUACCAUCACCAGCGCUAGCAGCUCUCACUCCUCGUCGACUGCCUCUAACACCGCCAAGCCCAGCACCAUCACCAGCGCCAGCACCUUCCACUCCUCGUCGACUGCCUCCAACACCGCCAAGCCCAGUACCAUCACCAGCGCCAGCACCUCCCACUCCUCGUCGACUGCCUCCAACACCGCCAAGCCCAGUACCAUCACCAGCGCCAGCACCUCCCACUCCUCGUCGACUGCCUCCAACACCGCCAAGCCCAGUACCAUCACCAGCGCUAGCAGCUCUCACUCCUCGUCGACUGCCUCUAACACCGCCAAGCCCAGCACCAUCACCAGCGCCAGCACCUUCCACUCCUCGUCGACUGCCUCCAACACCGCCAAGCCCAGUACCAUCACCAGCGCUAGCAGCUCUCACUCCUCGUCGACUGCCUCUAACACCGCCAAGCCCAGCACCAUCACCAGCGCCAGCACCUUCCACUCCUCGUCGACUGCCUCCAACACCGCCAAGCCCAGUACCAUCACCAGCGCCAGCACCUCCCACUCCUCGUCGACUGCCUCCAACACCGCCAAGCCCAGCACCAUCACUAGCGCCAGCACCUCCCACUCCUCGUCGACUGCCUCCAACACCGCCAAGCCCAGUACCAUCACCAGCGCUAGCACUUCCCACACUUCGACCACAACUGCAUUCCCCACGUUCCCAUCCACCACAUUUUCCUCAACUCACACUUCCUCAGCAUCUUCCACCUCGAUCAAACCCACAACCAUCACUUCUUCCACGGCUGUUCCCACCGCCACAGUUACCGACACAAUCACUGCGGGUAUCAUUACCGCGACAUUCACUGCCACCUUCACCGAGACUCUUACCGAGACAAUCGCGCCAACGGCUGCGUCUCUUGUUGCAGCCAACGGCGCCGCCAUCUUGACCGCCUCAAUUCCAGUCAUUGUUCCUACUCCGAAUGCUCGUUAGAUUUUUCAGUUUCUAGACAGUUCUUGAGUAUGCAAACGGGGAACACCUGUGUUCUGAGAUCAAAUUAGUGUUUUUAUACAGAAG